AUGGAGUUGGACUUUGAGGACGACGUAGAUCAGUUGUCGCUCGAGAAACUGCUAGAUCAGCGAUUUGACUGCAGCUGCAAGAUGAAGAUUGUGAUGGACAAAGAGAGUGUUGUGUCCCGUGUCCGUUUGUCAAAUGUGAUGCUGGACAGCCGUAUGAAUGACACGAGAAGUGAGUUCCAGGCCCGUGUUCAGGGCGACGCUCCCGUGUAUAACCCAAGCGUUGGACGAUGGCUAUCUAUGAACGGUAAUACACCAGAACUCGCUUAUAGAAAUUCUCUAGACACGGUCAACACGGCGUCUGUAGAAGGAGCUCUCAUGUACGUACAGGCUGAGGGCAUUAACGUGAAUGAGCAGUCGGUCAAGUGCGAGCCCCACUCCAGCCUCGCGUACUAUGCGAACCACAUCUCUCCCACGUAUUCCGAGUUUGUGGCCAUGGACGGUGGCAAGUGCACGAACGAAGGGUCCGACAUACCUCUAGCCUGCAAGGUCUACUACGGCCUAGACGGAACUUCGAACGUUGGUCGAAGUGUUGGUGCUAGCUAUCGGACAGGUGAUCGACGUGCACCCUACCCUGACUGUUUGUGGUUUUCUUUUCCGAACUCGUGCGCCCAAAAGUACCGUACGGAAAAGAUGGAUGAAUGCAGAAAUCAGUAUCCUCCUGGACUUUGUCCCUUAGGAGUGCAACCUGAUGGAGAUGCUUGCACGUUCAGCUACAAGAUCCUGGGCUUCAUCAACAUCGACGACUUGGUUGGAAUUACCAGUAUGGGCUAUCGCAAUUACUAUGAGUUCUGCAGUAACGGCGGGGUGGAGUUCAAGGCUAUUAACACUCCAAACGGAUUUUAG